UAAAUAUUUACGCAUACCAACCGAGGUAAACACACUGACUUGUGGUGUACAAUUAUGUUGAAAUAAUCGCAUAAAUAGAAUACAGCAUUUUUCUUGCAAUUGCGCUACAUUUCGCGAGGAAUAAUGUGUUUGGAAUUCGCAGCAUUUGUUUUGAGCAUUACUGCAUUAUGGGUUUGCAUUCUACGUAACGCGAGUUUUUCGUUUCUGGCCUUGGCCAUGUUUUUCCCAGGUGCGACAGCACUAAUAUGGGAAGCAGGAAAUGGAGAAUUGAUGUCUUUUAUGAGUAAACUGUCGGGUGCAAAUGAGAAAGUCAAGUGCAUCAUUUUCAGCGCUCUGGCGGUGCUUUUAGCUGUUGUCAUGGGGUGGGCAAACCAAGUGGAGAUUCGUAAACAGCACAAUAAAAGUAGGUUUUUCGGUUUUCUACGGGCAGCUGGUGAGGAGAUUGGUUGGCGAUGUUUCCUGCUACCGUGCCUGCUUGACAGAUUUUCUGUUCUAACUGCAUUUACUAUAAGUGGUAUUGUUUGUGGACUCUUCCACGUGCCUGUGAUGAUUUUGUUGAAUUACAGACUCAAACCUUCGUAUCCAUAUCUAACAGUGAUCGUGCAAAGUGUGUCAUGUUUAAAUUCCGUAUGUCUUCUUGGAUGGCUGGCUGUGAAAUCUGGCUAUUCUAUGUGGGCGUGCAGUAUAAUGCACUGGUUCUGGAACAUAUACAAACCGGCUGUGUCAGACACAAAUACUCCCGAAAAGAAUACCGGACAGCAGUGGCUGCUUGAUGGCGAUGGUUUGACCGAUUGUAUUGCGAUGCUUCCUGUAGCUGCUGUGGUAGUUUACGAUCUCAACUAUAAACUCUUUUGAUAAUUUAAUGAAUCGUUCUUUUAGCACACGCGUGCAUUAACAUUAGAUAGUGCACGAUUUGUUGUUUUAACAGGUCUUUUGGUUAUUUUGCACCCGAAUACCUAACCCAAUGAUAAAGGAAUUUAUAAUUAACAUUUAUUUCUCGGAUAAUUACUGCUGGACUGCUUUAUUUGCAAAAGGUAUCGCUUUACAAUGAACAGAACACUAAUCGGAAGACAAAAAAAAAUGUUUACGGUUGUUGUAAAGGGGUGAUCGGGACAUUCUACAUUGGGACAUUCUUCAGACGCUAUAUAUCUAUUCAUGGAUAGGCUUUAUAUUAAAUGUUAGCACAAAGUUUUAUCAACCAAGCCCGUUAAUAAAUUUGAUAAAGAGAUCAUAAUUUUGUUUUAUAAGAACACAAUAUGAUACAGGCUUUUUCUGUUACCAGUUUUUUUCCUCUAUAUCUGAAUACUGGGAUCUUUUUAUUGCAAUUUAUUUGUGGUUCUGAAGUCCGUGUGUACAUCUUACAUAACUGUAAAUUUAGACUUCAGUUCUUACUAUUUACAUUGUUAGUAAAAGGGAUCUCAUUUUUUUUAGAAAUUUCCACCAUCUUUACAUCAGCAUAAUUGGAACGUGUGAAAAUAAAUCUCUGAAAGCUAUUGUUCAGACGUGAAAAUGG